AUGUCUGUAUCAAAAGGUACAGAUUCCACUAAGCUUACCGAGAAAGAAAAGGCAUUAGCGGGCUUAGCAUACAAUGCUAAUACUCCAGAACUCAUAGCUGAUCGUAGGCGAGCUCGUGUUCUGACAUAUAAAUUUAAUAACAGUGAUCCGAGCCGAGAUAAUUACAUUAGCGAAAGGCAAACGAUUAUAAGGGAGCUAUUCGGUUCAAUUGGAAAGGACUUUGACAUUGAGCCACCAUUUUAUUGUGAUUAUGGUUAUAAUAUACACAUUGGAGACGACUUUUUUGCCAAUUUUGGUCUGACUAUCCUUGACUGUAAUAAGGUCGAGAUUGGAGAUAGGGUACUAUUUGCACCAAAUGUUUCGUUGUAUGGACCAACACAUUCUGUUAACCCUGCUGACAGAGUAAGCGAGGAUUUCGAACUGGCAUAUCCUAUUAAGAUUGGUAAUGAUGUGUGGAUUGGAGGUGGUGUAAUUAUCCUUCCAGGAAUUACAAUUGGGGAUGGGGCAACUGUUGGUGCUGGAUCUGUUGUCACAAAGAAUGUUGAGCCCUAUACUGUAGUGGCAGGUAAUCCUGCUAAGUUUCUUAGGUAUGCAGAGAAGCCAAAUCAGAUAGAUCAAAUUAAAAAUUAG